AGAAAACUUUCGCUCCUUUUCCAGAGAAAAAGAGUGUGAGAGGGGGUAAUGGGAGUGGGUGUGUCCAGCUCGGUCUCUUCCCUCCCUCCAUUGUAGACGUAUAGAUGGUGCAUGAGCAGCCUGGAGUCCAGUCCGGUGAGCUGCACUAGUCCUGAGAGCCGCCAGCUCCAGAGAAGUAGUCCGGCCACUCCAGUGACACCCAGCCUGACUCCUUCUCCACGUCUAAUCUCAACCUGUUGGCGAAGAUUCAUCCACUCGGCGAAGUGACGGCAUCUUUUUUUCUUUUCUUCUUCUUCUUGUUUCACUCUGAACUGGGCUCACUCAGAUCAAGGGCAGCUUGAGUCUCGGAGAAGAAGAAGAUGAUGAUGGGGAUGCAGCAACAGUCCCACGGCUUGCUGGUCCUUCUCCUCGUGGUCUUCGUCACAGGGAUAGUCUCUGGCCCUUCGACCCCCCGCAGGAGCAGAGUGAGACGUCAGAGCAUGAAGGUCCGCAUCAACGCCACGGGAGACACCAUCGUGAUGAAGUUUUUGCAUCCCGACGCCGACACCAAGCUCGAGGGUUACAUCCUGGGCUACGGCAGCAGCAUGUUCUCCAAACAGUUCAUCCAGCUGCCCGAGAACGGACAGCUGUACGAGACGGAGUUCGAUGCCGAGCCCAAGUACCUCAUCGCCGUCCAACCCAUCCCGUCCAACGAGGUGAAGAAGCAUUGCAGAGGUAAAGUGCAACUGAAGAAGCCGCUUCACCUGGUCAUUGGGUCCGUCACGCCCACCUCGGUGCUGCUGUCCUGGGGGACCCUGCUGAAGACCCCCUACGAAGGCAACGUCAUGAAUGACUGUCUGGAGGAUGGACACUACACGGUGCGUUACCGCGAGAGGAGCAGGAAGUGGAACUACCAAACCUGCCCAACGAGCGAUACGGUCAUCGACAACCUGAGGCCCAACGCGGUCUACGAGUUCGGUGUUCAGCCCAACUCUAAGGACGGCACGGGGGUGUGGAGCAAGCCGGUCAUUCACAACAUCAGCUCAGGGGGCAUAGAGGAGAAGACCGUCAGGAAAAUCUUUAAGCCUCCGGUUCACCCUGUGAAACCUUUAACGCCGAUUCAACAAUCCUUCCCGUUUUCUCCACGCCACGUUCUCCAUAACAGGACCCAGGGCAGGCUACCUAUUUCGCGGAAAAUAGCCCCAAAGACAACUCUUGCUCCCACCACAACCACUACACAGGAAUCUCUGUCGACCCCUGGACCCACACUGCCUGUGGCCAUCAAACAGCCAAUCGGAGGAGGAGACCUCUCCACAUCUGUGAUGCCUCCUUUCAUGGAGGUCACGUUAGCUUCCAAGUCCCAUCUUCCACUACACAUAACAGCCACCAUUACGUCUGUGCCAGUUACUCAGAAAAAUGUAAAGGAACAUGGAGGGCAUCUUCGUCAACCACAACAAAAGCCUCAACCAAAACCUAAACCUACACCUCUCCAUCGGACCCAACCACUACCUCAACUUACAUCAAAGCCCAUACCUCAAACCCAUCCACAAUCCCAAGCAACAUCCCAGACCAUACCCCAGACUCAACCCCAACCAAAAGCUCACCCAACAUACCAGGCCAUACCCCAGACUCAACCGCAACCGCAAGCAACAUCCCAGACCAUACUCCAGACUCAACCCCAACCAAAAGCUCACCCAACAUACCAGCCCAUACCCCAGACCCAACCGCAAGCAACAUCCAAGACCAUACUCCAGACUCAACCACUACCCAAACCCACAUCAAAGCCCAUACCCCAAACCCAACCACAACCCAAAGCAACAUAUCAGACCAUACUCCAGACUCAACCCCAACCGAAACCUCACCCAACAUACCAGCCCAUACCCCAGACCCAAACCAAUCCACAACCCCAAGCAACAUCCCAUACCAUACUCCAGACUCAACCCCAACCAAAAGCUCACCCAACAUACCAGCCCAUACCCCAGACCCAACCGCAAGCAACACCCAAGACCAUACUCCAGACUCAACCACAACCCAAACCCACAUCAAAGCCCAUACCCCAACCACAACCCAAAGCAACAUAUCAGACCAUACUCCAGAAUCAAUCCCAACCAAAACCUCACCCAGCAUACCAGCCCAUACCCCAGACCCAACCACAAGCCACAUCCCAAACCAUACUCCAGACCCAACUGCAACCCCAACACACAUCAAAGCCUCUAACCCAAACCCAUCCACAACCCCAAGCAACAUCCCAGACCAUACUCCACAGUCAACACCAAGCAACAUCUCAGCCCAUACUCCAGACCCAAUCUCAAACAAAACCUCACCCAACAUACCAGCCCAUACCCCAGAUCCAACUGCAAUCAAAGCCUCAACCCACGUCAAAGCCCAUACCCCAGACCCAACCACAAUUCCAACCAACAUCUCAGCCCAUACUCCAGACCCAACCUCAAUCUCAAUCUCGGCCAAAGACACAUUCCCAAUCACAGCCUCAAACCACAACCCAGCCGACACCUCUGGAACAUCCACAAAUACAUCAACCAACCCUUCUUCACAUAACUAAGACCAAACAAGAACUACCAAAGAUAAAAAUCCAGCCCCUAACUCAACCACAAUUUAGAACUACACCUCAGCCACAAACGCAACAAAAGACCAAGCCACAACUUCCAUUAAAAACCAACCUAGAGCCUCAACUAACCUCCAAGCAGCAGUCUAAGGACAAACCAGCAGCUAAACCAAAGAACAGUCUUUCUCAACCCAAGCACAAAAAAAAGCCUCAACAAAAGAGCAAACCCAAGGCUAAAACUCAUUCUCAAUCAAAGAGCCAACUUAAGUUCAAAACAAAGCUUCGACCAAAAAAGCAGCCAAAGCCUCUUGAAAAGCCCCCAAAAAAGGACCAACAAAAACCCAACCCAAAGAUUAAGCCGCGGCCCAAAACACAACCUCCAACAAAGAAAAAGGCUCAACCUGUAUCUCAUAAUCAACCCAUUCCCCAACCACAACCUUCACCAAAUGCCCAGACUCAAUCCCCACUUGAACCUCUACCCAGGCCACAACCUCAACCUGGGCUUCAAUCUCAGUCCAGGACCGACUCUGAUCCCACCAAGGUCACCCCAAGGCAGGCAGUUUCUCCGGCUCCUAGUUCACCAAGAGAGGGCAAACCUCUGCCAAGACCCGCCCUGGCUACAAAGAAGGCUGGUAGUUACAAUAAGGGUAAACACAAUGGUACUGGGGUCAUCAGGAAAUCCGUUGCUGAAGUUCCUCGUUCUCCCGUUAGCUCAUCAGUACUUCUAGCGGGACGAAACUCCACGCAGUCCCGCACCCGGGUUCCUCCUCCUUCCCCUCGUAAUAGUGGCAGACCAUUUCCUCCAUCCAAGACAUUCACAUCCUCUCACAGAUCCAGCACACCUGAGGCCGACGGGGCACAUCAUAAGGGGAACGCUCUACCUAAACCUGGGAUGUGGUCGAGAGGGAAACCGGUCCCGGCAGUCCUGCGUCCCCCUAUUCCUGCCCACAAGAGACCCAACCUCGUGGGGAAGCCCAGUGACCAUGACAAACCCAUGGACCUGAAAAAGGGGGACAAGGAGUCCAUCUUGAAGACAUUCCCUCUGGUUACAGUCAAGCCCAAGCAAGAGCGCAGACCGCAGCACACGACCACCUCGGCCCCGGCAGUAAACACCAGCCCUUUUGACAUCAAUGAAAACUCCUCCAUAUUCAGACCCUUGCCCACCUCAGACGUCGACAUCAUGGGCAAGAAGCGCUUCGUUGCUCCCCACGUGAUAUACAAGACGGAUAAGAAGCCAGACGAGCCGUGCUCCAUCACCUCCUCCCUCAGUUACUUCCCCGACGAGGAGGCGGGCGAUCAGAACGUGACGGCUCCGCCACGCAACCCUCCCUCCAACCUCACCGUGGUCACCGUGGAGGGAUGCCCGUCUUUCGUCAUUCUGGACUGGCAGAAGUCGGACAACGAAACCAGAGAGUAUGAAGUGGUGUCCACCACCAAAGGACCCAACGGAGAGGAGGUGUCGGUACUGACCACCAACCAGACUCACACGGCCGUGGAGAACCUCAAGCCCGAGAGCAGUUAUGAAUUCACCGUGACCCCCAGGAACGAGCUGGGAUUCGGGCCCUCCACCGACGCCGUGUCCUUCAGCACAGAAUCGGCCGACCCCCGAGUGAGCGAACACGUGACAGGCAAAACCGCCAUCUGGACCCAGUUCCCGUUCAAAUCCGACGACUUCUCUGAAUGCAACGGGAAGCAGUACGUGAAGCGGACCUGGUACCGGAAGUUCGUGGGAAUCCAGCUGUGCAACUCCCUGAGAUACAAGAUCUACCUGAGCGACUCCCUCAACGGGAGGUUCUACAACAUCGGGGAUCAGUCGGGCCAUGGGGAGGACCACUGCCAGUUCGUGGACUCCUUCCUGGACGGACGGACCGGCUCCCAGAUGUCUGCGGAGCAGCUGCCAAGCAGGCCAGGAUUUUACAGGGCGUUGAGACAAGAACCCGUCCACUUCGGAGAGAUCGGAGGGAACUCACAUGUCACGUACGUGGGCUGGUACGAGUGUGGCACACCCAUACCUGGAAAGUGGUAAGACCCCAACGGGGGUGUCCAGGAAGGAGGACUUUGUUGGUCGGGGAGGAAGAAGAUGGAGGGAGGUGGGGGCCUUUCUUUCUAGUUAUCAUGGACACCGUAGAUUAGGUUUGAACUCGGCCUUCUCGCCCAGGUACGAACCUGUACAGGACUAUCGUGUCAUGAAAAACAACUCUAUGGAGUGCAUUUGUAACGUUAGUCUUAUUCCUCUAUUUAUCAGAAGUGCGUUCAACCAAAGGAAUGCAGGAGUCUGAGUGAACCGCAAUGUUGAAUAUACAGUAAUUCCAGAGAAAAUGUUGGGAAGCUGGCUCCCAAAGUGUAAUAACUUGUAUAUUAUUUAUCAAAGGGGAUCGUUAUUGAAUAUUGUGUGUGCCCGGAAGCUUUUUGAGAUGAAGAAAGUAAAGUUCCCGAUACCUGCAUACACACAUUUUGUCAUGUGUAUUCAGAAAGGUGCCAAAAGUACAGACAUGCAUAAUUGACCUUCUGCUGGCCCUAAGGGAUUAUUAGCAGUUGCAGUUUGCAGAGUAUUAUACCUUUGUUCAUAUAUGUAUAUGGUGUGAAUGCAUUAUGUAUACCAGGGAUCAUAUAGUUUGAUAUAUUUCAGGUAUGAGAAAAAAACAGAUUUGCCAAAUUGUUGAUUUAUUGUAAAAAAAAAAAAAAAAAGUCAAUGGACGUCUUUUUUUGGAAAGAUUAGCAUUUUUUAUGCUCGUGCAGCCAAGAAAUUUAAAAUACAACCAAAAAAAGUAUAGCGUCAAUGUGGGAAAGACGCACUGUAAGAAAUGACUAUGUUUAUGUUUGUGUUCAAUUUACUAAAGUGUACAUAAAUUCAAUCAUCUGAGAGAAAUGUUCAGGUUUUUCCACAUCGGUCACGACUGCAGUUGUUUUUUUUCGAUGCUCCGUGUUUCCAGCAAUAAAUCUUGUUUUUGUA